AUGCCUAAUUUCACAACUGGGUUUUUUCUCACGGGUUUUUCAGACAACCCUGUGCUAGAAAUCUUCUAUGGUUCUCUGUUUUUAGUCCUGUACUUGCUGGCUUUAACUGGCAACAUUCUCAUUAUCACCGCCACUUCCAUGGAUGACAAUCUCAACUCCCCCAUGUAUUUCUUCCUGAAGCAUCUCUCCUUUCUGGAUCUCUGCUAUAUUUCUGGGACUGUACCAAGAUUUAUUAUGAAUUCUUUCUUGCAUAAAGGAAACAUUUCCUUCUGGGAAUGUGUUGUUCAGUCCUUUGUGUUCAGUCUUUGUGCUGCUUCUGAGACGUCUAUACUCACAGUGAUGUCCUAUGACCGCUACGUGGCCAUCUGCCUUCCACUGCACUAUGACAUCAUCAUGGACAUCAGAACCUGCGUCCAUGGAGUCAUUGGAGUUUGGACCAGUGGGGCCAUCUCUGGAAUCAUGCACACAGCAGGUACUUUCUCCAUCCACUUCUGUGGUCCCCGAAUCAUCCACCAGUUCUUCUGUGACAUCCCUCAGAUCUUGAAACUCUCCUGCUCCAAUGACUAUCUUGCUGAGGUUGGGGUGUCUGUCUUCCUCUCUUUGGCUGGAUUUCUCUGUGUCAUCUUUAUUGGAUUCUCCUACAUGCACAUAUUUUCCUCUGUUCUGAGGAUGCCAUCAACAGAGGGUAGAGCCAAGGCCUUUUCCACUUGCCUUCCCCACCUCGUUGUUGUCUUACUAUUUAUUUCUACAGGUAUUGAGUUUUUAAAGCCCCAUUCUAACUCUCCAACUGUGUCGGACAUUUUGCUCUCUAUUAUGUAUACAGUUGUUCCUCCAACGUUCAAUCCAAUGAUCUAUAGCCUGAGAAAUAAAGCCAUAAAAUUAGCUAUCAGAAAGCUUUUUAAUAGAAUGAAAGCACAACUGUGUUGGUAA